CGCGAUCCGGCCAAGUCAGUCAAAAUGGUCAACGUUCCGAAAACCCGCCGGACGUACUGCAAGUCCAAGGAGUGCCACAAGCACACCCAGCACAAGGUCACCCAGUACAAGGCUGGAAAGGCCUCCCUGUUCGCCCAGGGUAAGCGUCGUUACGACCGGAAGCAGAGCGGUUAUGGUGGUCAGACCAAGCCCGUCUUCCACAAGAAGGCCAAGACCACCAAGAAGAUCGUUCUCCGUCUUGAGUGCACUGCUUGCAAGACCAAGAAGCAGCUUUCUCUGAAGCGCUGCAAGCACUUCGAGCUUGGGUACGUUCAUAUGCUCAGUAUACGAUCGAUGGGUGAUGCUAACCACAUCUUUUUCUUUUCUCAACAGUGGUGACAAGAAGACCAAGGGUGCUGCUCUUGUCUUCUAAAUUUGCGGUUUUCUUGUUCGGCUCUGGGUUUCAUGCAUUGCACAGACCGCAAUGCUGCGGCGGCGGCUAUGACA